AUUACCACUUCACUUUCCGCACCUUUCCAGAACCACCAUCCAACCAUGUCUAUCCCAUCCGGAACAUAUGAGAUCACCUCCAAGGAGAAUGAUCUCCACGUCGGCCGUCCACUCGCGGAGGAUCGCUCGUUGCUCCCAAAGCGCAUCGUUGUCUUGCCUAAAGAUGGUAGCAACUCUGACAUCUGUUGGGUCGUUGAGAAAACCGAUGGGGAUACAUACAUCCUCAAGUCCAGGGGCAGUCCAGUCGCGCCCCUGGAUGGGAAGCUCGUGGCCGAUCUCUUGGGCGAGUUGCAGGAUAACAAGUGGACAAUCACCGCCCAGCCUCAGCAUGGAGAGAACGUCUUCACGGUCGAGAAUGCCAGCAACACCGAGGAGGGCUGGGUCGUCCCUCAGGAUGCCGAGGAGUUGUCGCAAGUUGAAGUCAGGCCCUUGAUUGCGACGAGGAGUCUUCCCCCUCUGUACCCUCCUUCGGAGCUCUUCGUCUUCAAGCAGGUUUAAACUGAUUAGGACUAAUUGUCGGAAUGCAAUACCCCGAGGAUGACUGAACGUCUCAAAGAAAGCUUGUAUCGUGAAUGUAGCCCAUUUUUUGUAAAUCAAAUGUCCCACCUUCGAGUUUAUUCAACA